GAUGUUGAUGUUUUGGUUCAUAGUUUACCCAUACUCUAGAUUUUUUCCCGUUUUGUCGUGGUACAACCAAGUUUUGCUCGGGAGCUUGUCUCUGUUUUGGAAAUACUGUCUAUCUCGGCGCUUCUUCCGAGAAGCGAGAAGCCGAGACAGGCAAUGAUGGAGGACUUUGACGAGAUCUACGAAGAGGAGGAGGAAGAAGAGGAAGACGAAGACAGGGCCGCGGAGGAGCAGCUACUAAAGUAUGCUCCGGACCCGGUGGUAGUGCGCGGAUCCGGCCACGUCACUGUGUUUGGACUCAGCAAUAAAUUUGAGUCAGAAUUCCCUUCAGCACUUACUGGGAAGGUUGCACCCGAAGAGUUCAAAUCCAGUAUUAACCGAGUAAAUGGCUGUUUGAAGAAGACUUUGCCAGUGAACGUCCGCUGGCUUCUGUGCGGUUGCCUAUGCUGCUGUUGUACACUAGGCUUCAGUUUGUGGCCUGUGAUCUGCCUUAGCAAGAGAACUCGCAGGUCUAUAGAAAAGUUGUUGGAAUGGGAGAACAGCAGACUGUAUCACAAGUUGUGUUUGCACUGGAGGUUGAGCAAGAGGAAGUGUGAAACCAACAACAUGAUGGAAUAUGUCAUACUCAUAGAGUUUCUACCCAAGAUUCCCAUCUUCAGGCCUGACUAAUGUGGGUUUGCCCCACGAGCCUCUGGUGUGGUCUGCCCAUGGUGCCUUGCUCCGGUACUGUCACGGUUGUCAUGUGGCUUCUCUCCAGUUCAACUCUUUUUCAAGAAGAAACUGGUUUUGCCUCUUAAAUCUACCCUUUCUGCACAGACAGACAGACCCUGUUUACACAUGGCCAUUCACAAUAAUGCUGGGGAUUGCCUGGGCAUCCAUAUGUGUUUGGGUUCAUCACCCCCAAGCUCUUGCUCACCUAGUAAGGAUGGACAUGGAAAAGGCCACAAAAGAUGGACUCCUAUGUCUCACCAUGAACUGGAGUGGUUACCUCCCGAUUCCACACUUCAGAUCUGAUUCCACACACGUUACCCUCUUAACAAAUUUGGCCCUCUUUGCUCAACUCCUCUUUGAACAGUGAGAGACAUCAUUGUGCACCAGCUGCCACUGUUCUUGAAUGCCCUUUAGCCAACGCUCUGAAUUUGAGCAGGCUGGAAUACAGGUGAUCAUCUGAGGAGGAGCAACACUCGAGGAGCCUCUGCACAAUGCAUCUACCCCUAUUUCCCUAAAACACAUUCUCAAGUCCUUGGACCCCACCCUGCUCCCAACUUCACUGUUAGAAGAGACAAUCACACAAUGACUGCAACUACCUGGAUGCCCCACACACACCCUCUCCCUUUCCUCAUCACACACAUUUUCCAGGUGGUUUAUCUUUUCCAGUGACUCAGUGCACCACUAAACAAUGAUGCAGCACAGAAUGGAUUUCUUUUUACACCCCCACCCUGGUCUUUAACCCAAAUAUAAAUAUCAUUUCAUCUUUUGGUUUCACUAUGUAUCUCUAAGUUUCUCAUUUUUUUAGUAGUAUUUGGAUCUUUUGUUUACCUGCUCAGUAAGAAGGGCAGCCAUUUUUGUCAUGACGUUUGUUAUUGUGUUAUUUGAAUGUGUCUGUGUGCGUGGGUAUGUAUGUACAUUUCUCUGUGCAUCUGGAAAGUCAUGCAAAAUAGGGCAGUUGACUGGUUCCUUAUGAAGAGAAAGAAUAAAUAAACCUAUUAAUAAAUACAUACAACAGAUAUGAAAGACUUAUUAUUUUAGAAAAUUGAACACUUGAAGUUUGAAAUGCAGAACAAGUCUCCACAGAUCCUCUCUGCAUUUCCUAGUUACUGGUUCUCUAGGAUUUUUCUUCACAUGGGAGAUGAAAGGUCAUGGCCAAUUUGAUUUGUAUGUUUCUUGUUCCUUACUAGUCCUGGGUCAACCAAGGGCUACAUUAUAUUCAGGUUUUGAAUAAGUUUAUGUAUGAACACUGUCUACAGUGUGAAAUGUUGUUUUGUUUCUGUGGACAUUGCGUGCCAUCAGUAGAGCCAAGAAAGCUGAUGUAGCAGAAGCUGCCAUUUCCGAUACUGAUCGUCAGGCGAUGACAUCCCGCCAAGUCACACUCGGGCCUUACAUGUGUGAAGGAAAGCCUCAGGGCUUUCAUUAAUAAGCUUAUAACAAUUUUACAGAGUUGAGCUGAGAGUCAGAUGAGGAUCUUUCCAAUACACACAGAGGCUUGACACCUCAGCGUUGCUGGAGUGAGGCCAUUUUGAAAAACUUGGUUCAUGAAAUGUGAUACCAUAUUGAUUUUCUUCCUUUUUUAAGUCUUGUCUCUGGUUUACAGCCACUUGAGGCCAUAGGUGGUGUGUCUGUGAGUAUGAGUGCAGAUGGUUCUAUGAUUAUGUUCUGGUCUCUCACCUUGCUUGCUUUGUAACUUUUGUCCUAACCCCCAAGACAUAUUUUAUAAGAAUAUUUGUGUACAGUGUGUAUGUAAAGUAAUAAAAUAAUCAAACAUGA